CCUCAGUAGUUUCUCUUUUCUUCCUCCGAGGCAAGUGACUGCCUCAGCUCCAUGAAGUGGCAGCCUUGGAGAGAAUUAGCAGAAAACAGAUCCACAUUGGAGCUUUACCAGAGAAGACAUGGCCUCAACCACUCCCAUGCAGAAGAUGCAGGAGAUCACCACCUGCUUUAUGUGCUCAAACUUGUUGGCUCAUCCGGUAAGCCUCAACUGCGGACAUAGUUACUGCUACUUGUGUAUGUGGACCUUCUGUAGGAAGGAACCAUUGCCACGGAGCUUCCUGUGUCCUCAGUGUGAGUGUCCAUUUGCUGAAAACAGCUGGACCUACAAUAAGCAUCUGGAAAGAGUCAUUGAAGUCUUAGAGGAGAUGAAGAUUGAGGACAGUGUAGAAUGUGAGACGUGUGACUCUGGAUCCAAACACAGCUCAUCCUGCCCUAACUCUGUCUAAUGAUCGCAGACAGGUGUCUAAUGGAUGCUGCCAACAGAAUCUCACAGUUUCUUCCAGGAGAUUUACAGUCUUUCCCUGUGUCCUGGGCAGUGAGGGCUUCACCUCAGGAAGACACUACUUCGAAGUGGAUGUUGGAGAAGGAACAGCUUGGGAUGUGGGAGUCUGUAUGGAAAAUGUAGAGCGGGGCCUUGGCAUGAAGCAGGAGCCUGAGCUUGGGUUCUGGGCCAUCCGGCUGUGCCCAGAGAAUGGCUAUGCAGCACUGACCUCUCCCGCAACUACCCUUGAGCUGCAGGAGCGACCCCUGGUGGUGGGGAUUGUUCUGGACUAUGAGGCCGGAACUGUGUCCUUUUACAACAUGACCACUGGCUCCCACAUCUUCACCUUCCCCAAGGCUUCUUUCUCUGAUAUUCUGCGGCCUUAUUUUCAAGUUUGCCAACAUUCUCCUUUGUUCCUGCCUCUCUGUAAUGAUUGAAGAAAAGAAUAAAGUCUCCUUGGGUUAAACAGCA